AAUUGACAAAGUCACGUGUGCGCAGGGGGCCAGAAACUGGAGAAGAGAAAAAAAUCAAAAGAAGGAAAGCACAUUAGACCAUGCGAGCUAAAUUUGUGAUCGCGCAAAAUCAAGAUGUUAGAUUGAUGCUGAAGAUCACUCCGUUCCAAAGGGAAAGUUUUCAUCUCACGAGUUUGGAGCUGAGGGCCGGUGGGGCAACAUGGCCGAAGGCGGGGCAAGCAAAGGUGGUGGAGAAGAGCCCGGGAAGCUGCCGGAACCGGCAGAGGAGGAAUCCCAGGUUUUGCAUGGAACUGGCCACUGUAAAUGGUUCAAUGUGCGCAUGGGAUUUGGAUUCAUCUCCAUGAUAAACCGAGAGGGAAGCCCCUUGGAUAUUCCAGUCGAUGUAUUUGUACACCAAAGCAAACUAUUCAUGGAAGGAUUUAGAAGCCUAAAAGAAGGAGAACCAGUGGAAUUCACAUUUAAAAAAUCUUCCAAAGGCCUUGAAUCAAUACGGGUAACAGGACCUGGUGGGAGCCCCUGUUUAGGAAGCGAAAGAAGACCCAAAGGGAAGACACUACAAAAAAGAAAACCAAAGGGAGAUAGAUGCUACAACUGUGGUGGCCUUGAUCAUCAUGCUAAGGAAUGCAGUCUACCUCCUCAGCCAAAGAAGUGCCAUUACUGUCAGAGCAUCAUGCACAUGGUGGCAAACUGCCCCCAUAAAACUGUUGCACAGCCGCCCGCCAUUUCUCAGGGAAGACAGGAAGCAGAAUCCCAGCCAUGCACUUCGACUUUCCCUCGGGAGGUGGGAGGCGGGCAUGGCUGUGCGUCACCACUGUUUCCUCAGGAGGCUAGGGCAGAGAUCUCAGAACGGUCAGGCAGGUCACCUCAAGAAGCUUCCUCCUCCAAGUCGUCUGCAGCACCAGAAGAGCAAAGCAAAAAGGGGCCUUCAGUCCAAAAAAGGAAAAAGACAUAACACUUCUUCUCAAUGUAUCGCUUUCUUUACCCGGUUGGGAAGUCUACCUCAUGCAAGUACAGGGGAACAGUAUUUCACAAACAGCAGCUGACCUGGGAUUUUAACUACUGUUGAGGAACUGUGAAUUUUUUAAACAGACAAAUCACUCUAAGCAAAUUACAUUUGAUCAGGGUGUCAUGUUUUAUGUUAUUCAGAGAAUGAGAUACUAUGUAUAUCAAUAUGUGCUUGUGUGAGAGGGAGAGAGCCUGAAUCCGUGUGCGUGUAUAUGAGGAUUUUUAUACAGGAAUGUAGACAUAUAUAUAAAGAGGGUUUGUCUUUAUAUAUGUGUGUAUAUAGAUACAAGCACACACCCUCCCUCGCAUAAUUGGACAUUUCCAAGAAUUGAAAGCCCAUGGGAAGUAUUUUAGGUGUUUUCAAAAAUAACCCCUGCAGUUUUCUUAAAUACCACUUCUUUUAUAUUACAUAAAAAUAAAAACAUGACUGUUAUUUUUUGUGUGAACCAAAGGAUACUUCAGAUCUCAGAGCUGCCAAUCAUAUGGUACUAAAGGUUUUUAAAGCAUCUAGUUCUCCCAAGUUUGGGAUUGCUUCUUUUUCUUGAUAUCUACGGAGUGGUAUUAUUUUAUUUUAUUUUUUUCCUGUUUGAAGGCAGUACCUUAACUCCAUAUGCCUCUGACUGCCAUAAGCUUUUUUGAUUCUGGGAUUCAUAACUCCAGAAAAGACAAUGAAUGUGUAAUAUCUGUGCCGAAAUUUCAAUGUUUUUAAUUCUAUGUUUUGAUUGUAAAUUAGAUGCCUAUUAAGAGAAAUGAAG